UUUAAUCGUUGCAUUUUGCAAAACCACUAGGGCAGACAAAAUAUUCCAGACCAAAAAUUUUGCUCAUACCCGUGAAUUGAUGUUAAAUCAAUCAAUUAAUUAAUUCUGCGUUUUAUUUAAAAUAAUCCACUGUACAUUUGGUAUAGUCGUUUUUUAAAGCGUGUUGUAUUGAUGAGGUUUUGUUUACAGCUCUCACUCUCUCUAACAAGCCUUUUUACUGUACUGGCAUCACUGAGCGUUGCUGUACUCAUAUUGCCGGCUGCGUUGAGAAGGCAAGACGCACAGACAAGGUCAUGCACCCCUCCCAGCGGAGAAGAGGAGGACGGAGAAACAUCCCACAUAAGCCCUGUGGAGGCUGUUACCUGCAGAGGAUUACAACACCCGCGCCAUGCCACCGAUAAGUGAAUGGAUCUAAAAUCGUAUCUUUUCCACAUCGACGGGCAGGGUGUAUAAACGGCGCUACUGUCCCACGUCGUCAGUCAUUACAUCAUAAAUCAUUGAUGACUUUUCCGUCCAGGCUGUGGCUGAGGGUGUUUUUUAUGAUCGUUUUCAUAGUCGAUGGGUAAAGAUUGCUGAGACACCAGCGCCCUCCCUGAUGCUCCAUCUCGACAACCAUUUUCUUUGCAGCGACUCACACCGUAAAGUCGUGCAGGAUGUUUGAACCGAGGGCAUUUUUCGGUUUUGUUUUUAAGUCACACGUAGCCAUGCAGCAAAUUCAGAUCGACCCGGAGUCACCGGAGAGCAGCCGGAUCCUGGCGAGCCGUCGAGCGGCUACGUUUGAGCGCUUGUGGUUUGCUUAAGGGAGGGCUGGCUUGGAUGAUGACCGGCGUGUUUUUGCUAUGUUGCGAUUCGGACCUGGUUCCUCUUGAGGUGAUCCAUGCCCCAUCGUUUCCAGCGCCAUCACCAUGUCCCCAGCGUCAGCUGCAACAGCCAGUGAGAGCAGCACCACCACGGUUCCCGAGGAGGAUGCGGACAGCCCCCGGGAGGAGCAGCGGCCUUUGAAACAGUCCCUGAGCAAGGCACUGUGCCGGGAGUCGCACUGGAAAUGCCUGCUACUCUCCAUGCUCAUGUACAGCUGCGUGGGAGCCAUGACGUGGUGUCACGUGACAAAGGUGACCCGGCUCACCUUCGACAGCGCCUACAAGGGCAAGUCCAUGAUGUACCACGACAGCCCCUGCUCCAACGGCUACAUCUACAUCCCGCUCGCCUUCCUGGUGAUGCUCUACGUGGUCUACCUGGUGGAGUGCUGGCACUGCUACACCAGGAACGAGCUGCAGUACAAGGUGGACGUGUCGAGCGUCUGCGAGCGCAUCCAGCGCAUGCGGCAGGCCACGCCCUGCAUCUGGUGGAAGGCCAUCAGCUACCACUACGUGCGGCGGACGCGGCAGGUCACGCGCUACCGCAACGGUGACGCCUACACCACCACGCAGGUCUACCACGAGCGCGUCAACACCCACGUGGCCGAGGCCGAGUUCGAUUACGCCAACUGCGGCGUGAAGGACAUCUCCAAGCAGCUGCUGGGCCUGGACGGCUUCCCCGUCACCAAGCUGCGGUUCACCAAGUGCUUCAGCUUCGCCAACGUUGAGUCGGAGAACUCGUACCUGACGCAGCGGGCCCGGUUCUUCACGGAGAACGAGGGCCUGGACGAUUACAUGGAGGCCCGGGAAGGCAUGCACCUCAAGAACGUCGACUUCAAGGAGUACGUGCUGGCAUUCUCGGACCCUGACCACCUGCCGUGGUACGUGUCGCACUGCGUGUUCUGGGCGGCGGCCUUCCUCACGCUCUCCUGGCCGCUGCGGGUGCUGACGGAAUACCGCACGGCCUACGUGCACUACCACGUGGAGAAGCUGUUCGGCUUCGACUACGUGCCCGUGACUCCGUCCGACGAGCGUCCCUUCUGCCGCCACAUCCCCCGCGUCAAUACGGUGGACAGCACCGAGUUGGAGUGGCACAUCCGCUCCAACCAGCAGCUGGUGCCUAGCUACUCAGAGGCCAUGCUCAUGGACUUGGCGCAGCUGUCCAACUGCAACGGCUACACCGUCUGCGGCUACCGGCAGAACUGCGAGCGCUGCCACCGCACCAUCAGCAGCUCCUCCAUCUUCUCGCGGAGCGCGCUCAGCAUCUGCCACGGCAGCCCGCGCCUGCCAUUCAGCGCCAGCCGCUUCUCGCUCGGCCGGCUUUACGGCUCGCGCCGCAGCUGCUUCUGGCGCAGCCAGAGCGGCAGCCUGAACGAGCAGGGCUGCCCCGCGGAGAGCAGCCGCUGCCUGUCGGGCCGGGCCGCCGGCGAGGAGAGCCCGCCCGCUUACCAGGACGCGCUCUUCUUCCCCGUGCUCAUCGUGCACCGUGACGAGGGCUGCCAGAGCCACAACCACCGGUCGCUGCACCGCAACGGCUCCUGCGUGGAGACCUCCUUGUGAGGGUCGGGAUUUCAGCAAGGAGCAGUAUUAGGGGGGAGGGGACAUCAAACCCGGGAAUGGCAUCCCUUUGUUAACGCUGAACUCUCCUAGGGCACGAGGUAUUCUGUUUGGGUCGAGCCUUUCCAUCCUUGGGAUGUUUUCCCAUAAGUGUCAUCUUAGACGCCUGUGGGAUGGUUCAGCCUUUGGGGUCACUUGUGUCCCACUCGAUCAUUGCUCAUCCAUGACUGUGUCCUCCCAGGAUCGCUCUGUUUAAUCGGGACCCUGACUGACAGCGAAGGACAGGCGUCAGGUUUAACCUCACAAUGCAUUAAACAGAAACUAAACCUACUUGGGAAGUUAAAGGGUUAAACACCAACAUGAACUUGUGGAAUUAAAGGCAAUAAUCUUUAAAAACAAUGCACUGGAACAAAGAUUAAUUUAGGGUUUCAGUCGCUGAAUUGGACUCUUUUCUAAUAAAGGUUCAGCGAGGGAAUACAAUGUUUACGGUCAUCAACGAACAAAUUAACCGGGAAUGAAGUCAGAGGUCAAACUGGGCAGAGGUCUCCACUACAAAGGACUGCAACCACACAGCUGUUUUUUCAGCGCCGUAAGCAUCGCACGGUCAUGUGACCAUGCUUUGGAUCGUCACGUGUCCACAAGCUCGCACACUUUCUGCGUUAAUGUACUGCCAGUGGCUCACCGCUAAUGCAAUGUCGCAGAUGAGUGUUUGAAGUUUGUUGGGUUACGGUAAUGAUCGUAACAGAUGACCUAGCACAGCCGUCUGCCCCCUCCAGGUUACAUAUCCUCCGUCUUGCUACGGUGUAACAUUUUGCCACUGGCUCCCCCUCUGCACAAAAUCACACUUUAGGACUUUGGGUUCCUACGCCGCUGUUAGGUUUCCGUAAUUUUUUGAAAAGUGUGUUGUUAGUUGUGGAAGUUGUAGCCUCUUGCAGCUGGUGGCCCUUCGCUAAAGAUUGCUUAGGAAGUGAUCAGACCGUCCACGGUUACAACCUACCAAUGAUCUGAAAAAUGAUCGACCUCUGGAUAUUUAUAAAAAAAAAAAAAUCAUAUUUUGAACUUUUGAAAAUAAUUUUUUUUAGCAGAUUUGAGACUAUAUUAUGAAGUUGUUUUUGUAAAUUGCUUCUGCUAACUAGUUAUUUUCACCAAUAGCAAAGCUGGUUUUGUGAGUGCUUUAAAUAAUGGUGGAAUGUCCUUUUUGUGUGUGUGUGUCUUUGAAUACCACCCUGGGUGUCUGUCAGUUUUUCAGGAACCUGUCUGUAGCCAAUCACACCCCUCAAUGUGAUCAUGUGAUGCCACUUUCUGUUUUAAGGGCAUACAGAGUCUAAAAGGUAACAGGAGACAUCAAAAGACAUCAAAAGUGUCACACUAACUCCGGAAGUAACCGAACAUAGGGAAUGUAAAAUAUGAAGACAUGCAGUCAUGCUUCUUAUCCUUCCUGCUCGUUUAUUUAUAGCACUCUGCUUGAUACGGUGAAUUAUUUAGUAAGGGAAGCCAAAGGACACAAAAAGUUCAAACAGAAUUCCUGGUUAUGCGGAAUGUUUGCUUUCUCCACGACCACAGGCAUUUCCAUAAAGGAAGACUGUGGCACGGGUCUUGAUAUAUAAAAAAAUCCCUCUGACAAUAACAAAGGUUUUUAGCAAUGAAUUACUAACAACAACAGCAACUGUUAUGACAAAUGUCAAGCUAAUUAGUGGUUCGGUCCACAGCACUAUUGGACUGAUGUUUACAAACCGAGAAAGAAUCCAAACAUUUACUGUUCUUUUAAAAACUGUUUUCUGUCCUCAGACGUCUCAUUCACCAUCAACGCGAUUAACCAGGCUGUGUCAUGCGCUCGGUCCAUUAUAGAGCUUCAUUCCUCCUUUUUGUUUGCUUUCAGCUACCUCUUUUCAGUCACUGAAGUGCCUGGGGGCUCGUCGAACAAACGCUCAGUUGCGAACGCAUUUGACCAGCUUGUAAGUCAGCUGUACCGCAGUUAAAUCAAAGCCUGGGUGUCAAGGAGGGACUGAAAGUUUGAUGCAGCCUAAAAAUACAACCGACUGAAUCAGUAAAAAAAAGCAAACUUCCAAAAUGUACAUUUCAUAUCAGUACCAUUUGAUUCCCAUGUGGCUCCUUAGUGGCCACCAAUGUCACAUAAUGAGUUGACAGCACUGUUUCAUAAUUUUUUAUUGAAUUUUCAAAGACAAACUUCACCACUUCCCCACCUAACACAAGGCCUCCAGAGUUUGUUGACUAUCAUAUUCACAAGUGUGUUGAAUCGACACCCCAAAAGCAGUGAUCGCUAGAAACUCACCCCCAAAAACCUCAUGGGCGUCACUGCCAUUAAAUCUGAGGGGGACGUGUCCCCCUCACAUUUCAUAAUUAUUCCUUUGGACCCCCCCACAUUUAACAUAAAAUAUCAGUUUUAUGCCAGUGUGUCCCCACCACAUUUAAAAUGUUUCCGAGGCCCUUGCAUCUGGACAUUCAUUCUUAAUUGAUUUAGUUCAUUUAAAGCCAAUACUUCUGGUAGCUGAAUCCAUCACCAAUUCAUACAUUUCACUCCAACUAGAGAAGUCAAAAGAAGCUUCCACAACUCAGUUCUGUCACCUUACAUACCCCGGUAACCUCAGGAAUGAACCAGAUUGUAUAGGAAUGUAUAGAUUUCAAAGGAUUUUUAAUCAUUAAUUUUCCUGACUGUUCGCUAUGAAUUUCCCAGUGAAUUUAGCUGUGUGUGACCUGUCUUUCAGUUUCUAUACUUUGAGAUAUUUUCAAGUCCACUUUUCAGACUGAUUAUAAGAAUAUCUGAAGUUAAAUACUGUUUUUUCUGCUCCUUUUUUUCCAGCACUGUAACCCUGUAAUUGUGAUGUGAUCGUGCAAACUAUCAAAACCGACAUCUACAUGUAUCUGAAACACAAUGAAACGGUCAAUGAGAGGACUGAGGCACUCAGUACCUGGUCAUUUUUUUUUACGGUGCAUAACUAUGCAAGAGUCUCAGGAGUUCAGCCAAGCAAUCACCUCACCCAUCGUGUUCCUGCCUGACGGUCUUUUACGUUUACAGUCUAUAUGCUUCAGUCUGUCCUGUAACAGGCUCUAAUACCUUCCGAAUAAAUGACCUUUCGAUUGACUUUUAUGAUGCAAAACUAAGCUCUUCUGCUGCUGACAUCAUACCAAUCAAACAACAGGAGGUCUGGAGCUUUCCGUGAGCUAAGGAAUGUCACGCGCUGAUCAUGCAGAGUCUUCGAUUAACUAUAUGCCUUGGGCAUAUCAGACACACGAGAAUGCUGAUUUACCACUCAGAGUUAGGAAACUGCACAACCACUAAAUGUAAAUAUCAUCUGUGAUAUCCAAUGAGAAAGCUGGGGAAAUAAAUAUUCCUCUCUCUGGAGGAUGUAAUAUUACAGCCCUUCUGGUCCUUGGUUCUUAUUUAUUUGAUGAAGCAUUAGUAAAAGUGGUUUGUUUUUAAUUGGGGUCCCAGGUUUAAGAAAAAUGGCUCUAAUGAAGUAGUUAAUCCAAAACAUCGAAAUAAAAUGAUGUCCAAAUGCGGCUGUAAUUAAACGGAAUUAAGAAAGUAACAAAUAACGGUAUAUUUCACACAUUUAUCUAACAAGUGAAGAGGCUGAAAAUUAGGACUGUUAACACUCUUGUUGCUGUCAGACGUUUGCAAAAAAGUAAUUUCUUUGUGUUUUAUAUAAUUCCACGGUGUGUGAAUGAUUAGGAAAAGCUGCAUUUUCCCCGUUAAUAAUCUGGGGAUGCAGAAACAGACGGGGCAGCAGAAUUUUUAUGUGCUGGUGAAUGUCUCACCUGUGGGAUGGAGUGCUCCCUCACUCACGAGGUAUCUGGUUUGUUCAAGCAGUUUGUAUCCAUCUACAUCUGAAACGUGUCCAAGAAUUGCUCCAAAAAGAGAAAAUACUGUACAUGUAUAUAACAUAAUUCAGCUGUAGACACCUGGUGCUUUAUAAUCUGAGUAUAUAUAUGGGAGAGCACUGUUCGGUUUCAGCACCGCUCAUCAUGUUCCCAUGAAGGUGCACUCUUCAUGCUCGUCGCAGGAGCAGACCGGAUUGUAAGAAUGUUCGUGUUGCACUGGGAACUUUUAAUCGCUAUGAUCAAAUGUUGUACGGAGGGGAUUGUGACCAUGGAAUGUUCUGGAAUCAUGUUGUACAUGUUGUCCUGAGAUAACUAUGGACAUGGAAUAUUCUGGUACCAUGUUGCACAGAGGGGGACUGUGACCGUGGAAUGUUAUGGAACCACGUUGUACAUGUUGUUCGGAGGGGAUUGUGACUGUGGAAUGUUCCAGAACCACACCUGCCACUCUGUAAACAUUAUCCAGUUAGAAAGUUGGGGACUCUCACCUGAGAAGGGUCGGCCUGUUACUCUUAAAUUACUUUAAUAAACAUCUCAGUGAACCGUGAUAGGUUAGCCAUACUCAUAACAGUAUGUAAAAGUAUAAUUACAUUCAACAAAAUGCCACAUUAUCCAACACAAGUUCCCCAAAUACAUUUUUGGUAUAAUUGUACAGAAGAUCAAUGUUUUACCUGAAACUGCAGGAGUCAGAACAUAUUUUAUACUCUGUAGAUGAGGUAACCCGCUAGUCUGGUGUGUAAUGAUCCUACAGUUAUAAAUGUAAAAGACUGGAAAAUCUAAUCUUUAUGUAUAUUACCAAUCUCACAAUGUUGCCUUUAUGUUGCAUAUAUACAGUUACAAAGAUUAAGAACCAAAUCUGUGUACCAACAUUACAAAAAGGCUGAAUAAAACAUCACGUUUUCAGUU